AUGGGAAACAAUUCAUCUGCGGAAUUGCGAAAAAAAGCCUCAAAUAACGUACCGACGCAAUCGCUUGAUAGUCAUACACCCUACUAUCUCCCAAGUACUAAUGAGGACAUCGACCGGCUACAAAUGCAGCAUUUUCUUCUACAGCAUGUAUGGGAGAGUAAUUAUUCGGCCCCGAUAAAGCAACAUCUCAAAGAGCAUAAAUUAAGAGUGCUCGAUGCCGGUUGUGGUCCAGGUACUUGGCUUCUCGAGAUGGCCUCUGAAAACCAGACCGUCGAUUUUUAUGGAGUCGAUACCCAACCCGUAUUCCCUUCCGAAAUCAAACCCGUCAAUUUAAAAUUCGUUUUAGCCGAUCUUACCGACAGAGUUCCGUUCGACAGUCAAUAUUUCGACUAUAUUCGCAUCAGUUUGCUGAAUUGGUGUCUUUCUGCGGACCAAUGGCCCGUGGUAUUAAAGGAAUUGUUUAGAGUUUUGCGACCCGGUGGUUGGCUUGAGAUUGCCGAAAUGGAUCAAAGCAAAUUUGUAGAUGGGCCAAAUUUGGGCCUACUGACGAAAACAUUUGCCGAGCUCUCUGCUCGUCGUAAAGUAAUUCCUAAUAUCAGCGAGCAUCUUCCUUCAUUCCUUGCUCUCUUUUUUCCAUCUACUCCAAUCCAUCAUGACACGCGAACCUUUUUACUUGGUCCACGUGGCGGAAAGCUCGGUAAUAUCUAUAUUGAACAGGUCAGCAUGUUCAUGUUGAACACUAUUGGACCUCACAUAGCAAAAGCACAGAAUAUGCCCGAAGAAGAAUUUCCAAAGUUCUGGAAGGAAUGUCUCAAGGAGUUGAAAGAUGCUGACUACGAAAUGAAAUGCAGUAGAUUCUGGGUACAACGGGAAUUGGAAACGACGGCAAAAAAGGGACAGAAAGAGAUCUUAGUUGAUCAAAGGGAGGCGACUAAAUUUUAA